CACCUCCGUGUUUCCAUCCCUGGUCACUGGUGGCCGCCACGCUCGUUCAAUACCUACUCGUACUCAGCCAGGCUAAUCCUAGACAGACUAAUGCUUCCCCCGUCGCCCACGAACGACCCGCUUGCACCACAUCGCUAUGGACUCCAUGGGCACGCUCAUUCUAAGCACCCUUCUGACGCAAAGUAUCUUGGCAACCUUAGGGCGGUUCCCCUGGCGGCUGUAACGCGUACAACUUCUCAGCUCUCGUCUCAGUCAGUCGCGUCGUAUUCCUCUACUACCGAGUUAGUCCCGCAUCCAGACAGUAAACGCGAGAAGAGGAAGAGCCUCAGAGACAGAGUUGUAUCCUGGAGCUGGCGCUCCGAAAAAACACCGGAUUCUGAAAUGACCCGAUUUGGCGAACCAGAGGAAAGUGUUCCUGGCAAUACGAAGCGGAAACGUAUCAAGGCGUGGCAGGGCUGGCGUUUUAUUCUCUUUGGCUCUUGGUUCAACGUCUUCUUGCUACUAAUUCCGAUAUCGUGGAUCCUGAAGCUUGCUACCACCGAGUCUGACACUCUGAUUUUUACAUCGUGCAUGCUAGCCAUGAUCCCCUUGGUCAAGCUUCAUGAUCUCGCGAUCAGUGUUCUCUCGCGUCGCAUAGGGGGUACGAAGACCGGCCUCUUGAAUGCCAGCUUCAGUAACAUCGUCGAGCUUGUGGUAGCGAUCACUGCUCUUCGCAAAUGCGAGCUGCGCGUUGUCCAGUCGUCGUUGAUCGGUUCCAUUUUGAGCAAGCUUUUGCUCAUACUCGGAAUGUGCUUCUUUGCUGGUGGGAUGCGGUUCUCUCAGCAAGAUUUCAAUCACACUGCGACACAAAUACAUUCAUCUCUGCUGAGCAUCAGUGUAGGGGCUGUUUGUUUACCUGCCGCCUUCCACUUCGCCCUUACGUACAGUGAAGCGGAUGCCGAGCAGGCGGGGACUACAUUGGACCAGCAGAAGCAGGAUCUCUUGAAGAUGAGCCACAGCGUAUUCUAUUUUUCCUAUCUUCUCUUCCAACUCUGGUCACAUACGCACCUCUACCAGGACAGCUCCACGCCAAGCGCCAAACUCCCCGUCGCUGUAUCUAUGCGUUCCAUGACAUCGCGCGUCAGGCUCAACAGCGGUAAAGGCAUGCGUCGAUCUCAUUCACAAGCCUGCUCUGUAGGAUCUGCUCAGCCUGAUACUCCCUUGCCUCCGGCCGAGGCGGCGGAGGAGCUCCCGGAGAUGAGUUGGGUAAUGAUCAUCGUUCUCCUAACCACUGUCACGGUGCUCGUCACCAUCGAUGCGGAGUGGUUGGUGGACUCAAUGGACAGUCUCUCACCUACGCUCAGUAAGGAGUGGAUAGGGCUCAUCCUCUUGCCCAUUGUGAGCUCAAUCGCAGAAUGUGUCACCGCCGUGAAUGUUUCGGUAAAGGACCAGCUGACUCUGAGCAUCAGUGUCGCGGUGGGCUCCACUAUUCAAACCGCUCUCUUUGUCAUUCCGUUCAUGGUCAUACUGGGUUGGAUACUGAACAAACCGCUGGCUCUGUUGUUUGACCCGUUCGAGACAGUUGUUCUGUACAUCUCAGUUCACAUCAUGGGCUACGUCGUGGCCGAUGGCAAGUCAAACUGGCUCGAAGGGGUCAUUUUGAUCAGCUUGUAUCUUGUUAUCGCCGUGACCUUCUGGUUUUACCCAGGCUCAAGCUUCUCGAGCAACCUGGCUGUAUGCGUCGAUACUAUCGCUCCCCCAUAGACCCUUAGGGACAUCGGCUUCACUGCCCACGGCCUGCCCUCAUCAUCUGUCGCACGGAUACCCACACAUUGAACCUUCUAGCAUUCUAGUUAAAUACCUGGAUAAUCUCAUACCAAUCGUAGAUAGACCUUCCUCAUGCACUGUACAUUUCUACUAGUCAUUUUGUCCAUGUUGUAGCUAUAGCAUUUGUAGAUCUGUAACAACCCUGAUAGGACACUAUCUUACCC